UGAUCCGGGAUAUUUCAUGGCAAUUAGUCACAUAUUAUUGACAAAUAGCUCGUGCGAUGAAAGUAAUGUCAAAAAUAUCAUGUAUUUCACGACUAAUACAAGUGCUCUAAGUUUGGCUAAUAAUGAGGCCAUUGGCCCCCGAACCACGUUUUGGGUGCUUCUCAUGUCCAGCAUAACCGUCCUAUCAUUAGCUACCAUAGCGUUCAUCGGUGUCUCAAAGAUAAGACGCGCGCAUAGGAUACGGAUGAGUCGACCUCCCGGUGCUCUCGACACUCAAUCCGUGCACAGUAUGACUGAUGAGCAGCUAUUUGGGGACAACUACAUGAUUAUGCCCUCCGGGCGCGCCGUUAUCCGCGAUAUUAGGCAUCUGUUUGAAGCUAUUGUCUAG